AAAGAUGUGAAAAUGGCGGAGCUACAAAUGCUACUGGAAGAGGAGAUUCCAGCAGGACGAAGCGCACUCCUAGAUAGUUUCACCAAUUUGGAAAGAGUCGCGGAGUACUGCGAAAGCAACUAUGUCCAGUCUCCAGAUAAGCAGAGGGCGCUGGAGGAGACCAAGAACUACACCACCCAGUCUCUGGCCAGCGUAGCCUACCUGAUCAACACGCUGGCCAACAAUGUCCUGCAGAUGCUCGACAUCCAGGCCUCGCAGCUCCGCCGCAUGGAGUCCUCCAUCAACCACAUCUCACAGACGGUGGACAUCCACAAAGAGAAGGUCGCCCGGCGGGAGAUUGGCAUCCUCACCACCAACAAGAACACGUCCCGCACACACAAGAUCAUCGCCCCAGCCAAUCCAGAGAGGCCUGUGCGCUACAUCCGCAAGCCCAUCGACUACAGCAUGCUAGACGACAUGGGCCAUGGAGUCAAGGCCAGCGCUCAGAACAUGAAGGCCGGAGGAGGAGGCGGACUCCCUCGCACCAACCCCCCCACACAGAAGCCCCCCAGCCCACCCAUGUCAGGGAAAGGGACCCUUGGGCGCCACUCCCCCUAUAGGACGCUUGAGCCAGUGCGUCCACCCGUUGUCCCUAACGACUACGUCUCGAGCCCGACGCGCAACAUGGCGCACCCCCAGCAGAGCCCUGCACGCACUGCAUCCGUUAAUCAGAGGAACCGCACGUACAGCAGUGGGAGCAGCGGAGGCAGCCACCCCAGCAGCAGUCGCAGCAGCAGCCGAGAGAACAGCGGCAGCGGCAGCGUGGGCGUGCCCAUCGCCGUGCCGACCCCGGCCCCGCCCACCGCCUUCCCAGGUGCCCCGCAGUUCUACAGUAUGAAUCGCCCCGUGCAGCCGCCCCAAAACCAGCAGGUGGGAGGCUCGCUGCCUUACCGCAGACCCUCAUCCGUCACCGGUCAGCCCAACAUGGCUCACAACCAGAGCCAGCUCAACGGUGGACCACACUUCGCCCAGAACCAAGCCGGCCCUCUCGCGCCCCCUCCCCCCUCCAUGCAGAUCACCCCCCAGCUGCCUCUGAUGGGCUUUGUGGCCCGAGUUCAGGAGACUAUCUCAGACGUGCCGCCUCCGCCUCCACCCACAGAGGAGCCGGUGUUUGAGGAGCCUACACCUCCUCCUCCUCCGCCGGAGGACUACGAGGACGAUGAGGAUGAAGAAGAGUCGGCUGUGGUGGAGUACAGCGACCCCUACGCCGAGGAGGACCCACCCUGGGCCCCGCGCUCGUACCUGGAGAAAGUGGUGGCCAUCUACGACUACGCUCGAGACAAGGAGGACGAGCUUUCGUUCCAGGAAGGCGCCAUCAUCUACGUGAUCAAGAAGAACGACGACGGCUGGUACGAGGGCGUGAUGAACGGGACCACGGGCCUCUUCCCCGGCAACUACGUCGAGUCCAUCAUGCACUACGCCGACUGAACAAUCCCCCCUCUGAGCGGAUGAGGAAGAGGAGCGGGAGGAGCGAUCGAUGGGGAAGGGAUGGGAGGGAGGGGAGCCAAGGGUUGAAGGUCAGAGACUUUGAUCAGACAGAGCAUGAUCACCUCCGGGCGAAGAGAGACGGGGGGAGGGAGAAGAGAAAGCAGUUUUUAAAGAAGUUGCAACCUGACAAACUGAUGCCCGGUCACUCUCUCGACAUAGGCGCCAUUGUAAAACAACCACUACUCUAGAUAUAUCCUUCCCUGUAAUAUUUCUUUCUUUGAUUCUUUAUUUGACUGAGGAGGACUGGACGGUGACGGAUUUAUUGUAUUUCGAGAGUUUUGCGUUACAUUACGAGGCCACUACAUUGAUUUUGCUCCAUUUUUUUUGUUUCGUUUUACCAAUUUGCCCUUAUUUUAAACAGUAUUUAUUUGGAUUUUGUAGUGGGAUAUAUGGUGAGCAGGUAGAUGGGGCUGCUGAGAGGCGUUUAGUCGGGAUUUCCGCGUCGCAGCCUCGGGGAAAGGGCUGGAGGAGAUUGCCUUCAUGUGUAGAUUUUCUCCUUAACACUCCAGAGACAUUUUAGAGAAAACUCCUCUGUACAUAUACACAGUAUAAUGCAACAACAAUAUCCUCAGUGGGGGGAAAAAGACAGCAGUUUCCGUACUUGACAAAGUAUUUGGUGAGGUACCUCAGCAGGGAGUGUGCCAAAGCUGACAUUCACUUAGAGAAGCACAUCAAAUGUCUUAAUGGUGACACACACGAAGCUCGAUUAGCGUGGGUCAGAAAAGACGUCCGAACGCAGAGUGCUUUAAGCCCAGAGUUUUGCUUUUCUUUUUUUAAGUUUAUUUGAUAAUUAGACCCGAAGGGGCGACUUAAGUCACUACAUGCUUCACUUUGCGGGCCAGUGUGCAUUUUUCCGGAGAAGGAAUCGUCGUCCAGCCCUCAGAUGAGAGGGGAAAGCGAGAUCCCCGACUGCACAAUGACCUGGAUUUUGAAGUCUCACUCUGCAGCUCCUGUCAUGAAUAAUAGAAGUAUAUUAGCUCGACGGGCGAGGCUGAUCAUUUGCAGUGUUCAUAUGCAUUUGAGACCAAGACACUUUUUUAUUUUUGCCGUUUCACCAACGGGUCCAGAAUCGUUUCGCUUGCAGAGCGGCAGACUGCAUGUUUCGACAAGUAAAAAAAAAAAAAAAAAAAACGUUUUCUUUUCUGCUCUACUGAUGAUUAAUGUCUUAAUAUUUUUAGAUAUGGUGUGGUUUGGUUUUCUAAUAUUCACCCACGACACCGACAAUGCAUUUAGGUAAUUUCUAAGAUGCUUGUGCCAUAUUGAAGUGUGUGUUGCUGUUCAGAGGUCAUCACUUCAUCUGCAAUAAAUUGGCCAGAGUGGGGUGGAGUGUCGUUGAACUACAAAUCUUUAUUUUCCUUCUUUUUUCCCGAAUUGUUUUGAAUCAAAAGCACAUACAUUUGUAGUAAAAAGGUGUAGAAGAAGAAAUAAUAUAAAUGUGAGAUGUAUUAUGUCCUUGAAACAGGACUUAUUGAAUAUGAAAAGAAACCAGCUGUUGUGUUGAAAUGGUUUUAACCGUCGCCAGCCCCCGAUACUUCUCAACGCCGUCAGUUUAGGCGUCGUACGUCCUCCGUAAAGUUCCAAUACGCUUGGCUGUUGGGUGUUUGCGAGGGCUCAGUGCUUGUACUUAUGUCAGAAUCUUUAUUUUCUAUUAAAAAAAAAAAGGAAUAAUAACAAGUGGGUCUGUAUGUGAGUCUUGCAUGCCAUUGUUCUUAUCUGUGCUGGUGUCCCAAAAACGUUCGUGGCGAGAUCACCCAUUCUAAAAAGACAAGCAGCCCUGCAGCUCUGACCAGGUACCACCAGCCUCAUCCAAAGAGACUGUACAACUUAAUUCAAGCCCACGUCCGAGGAGUCGCUCUCUUGACCUGUGGGGGAGGAGGGAGGGGAGGGACCCGGCUUCCUCUCCCCGACAGUUGCCGUCAUUACGUCAGUGGUGGAAUAAAAAAAAAAAAAAAUCACAUGUGUAAGCUGCUAGUGAAUCCUGCGGACAAAGACACCCAACGGGCCGGAGGGGAAAGA